UGUGUAAAGAACUCUUAUUUAAGCUUAAGUAUCAUUCAGACGACCACAUUCUGCAAGAAUCAUUGAGCAGUUCAGUUCCAGUUAGAAAGCUGUUACUUCGUUCAAGCCUUUGCCCCCCUUGUUCACACUCUUUAUAUAUCUUUUACGAAAGUCAAUAUGGGAGAUCAAGAUGAUCACGUAGCACGCCCUCACACAGACGUCUGUCCAAGAUGUGGAGACAAGGCGUACCAUGCUGAGUCCAUCGCCAUGGAAGGAUAUAAGUUCCAUAAAAGGUGUUUCUCGUGCAGGGAAUGCAAAAAGAAGCUUGACAGCACGAAUGCUGCUUCUCAUGAUGGCGAGGUUUACUGCAAAACCUGUCAUUGUGUGAACUUCGGCACCAAAGGCUAUGGAUACGGACUUGGAGCAGGCGCACUGACAAGAACACAAAAGCUCCUACCUUCUUCAACUCCUUCAAGUCCUUCGCCAAAGUCAAAAAUGUCCGACGACGAGCAGCAAUACGAGCAAGAAGAUCAGGAGCCUGAACCCGCUCCUUCCGGUGGCGGAUCCCACAUCCCCGAUGCUUACUCUGAGUCAAAACCUAAACUUCAGGGUGGUGACCGCUGCCCGAGAUGCGGCGAAAGAGCGUACCAUGCUGAGUCUAUUUCCAUGGAAGGAUAUAAGUUCCAUAAAAGGUGUUUCUCGUGUAAGGAUUGCAAAAAGAAGCUUGACAGUACGAAUGCUAACUCUCAUGAAGGAGAGGUAUAUUGCAAAUCUUGCCACUGCGUUCGCUUUGGUCCCAAAGGAUAUGGCUAUGGGCUGGGAGCUGGUGCACUAACAAGGACCCAAUAGGACCUACUAGGACCUACUAGGAUCUCAAUGGACCUAUUUGUCUAUAAAGCUGAAGAUGUCAUUAGUAGACUAUUAGACUUAAUUAAUCAUGAAAUUCAAUGAUUGUAAUUUUUCGAGCUGCUGAAUUAUUCUAGAUUGUUAAAUUUUUUUCUUUCCCCAAAAAAUUAAUAUUUUAAAUCUUCUGUUUUUACUUUUUUUAUCUUAUUUUUUUGAUUGCUAGACAAUGUCCCGCUAUUUUUUAGGAAUGGUAAUUUUAUAAACUUAUUGUUAUUAUUAUUAAUACUAAUUAUAACUUUAUCAAGUUUUGUGAAAUAUUUUGAUUAUUGAUUACCUUGUAUUUUACGACCCUUUUUUUAUUUUUUAUUAAAUUCUAUAAAUUUA